CAGUUUCCGGAAGAUCUCUGUACAAUGAUGGAGAAAAUGGAAUCCUAAGACCGUACCCAACUAUUCAAGCGGAUUUGUUAGAAUAAAACGACCAAAGUUCAAGAUAACGAAUAACGACACAAAUACAAGACAGCAGCUGGAUUGUGGUGACUCAGCGAUAGACAGCGUUUAUCUCCAACUUCUCUCCCUUCGACACUCGAUGGAGGGCUCCGACAGUUCUGAGCCGGGCGCCAGUGACCAACCAGAGGUCCAGCGCAGGCGGCAACGGGACCGGCUAGACCGGGAGGAGGCCUUCUACCAGUUUGUCAACAACCUGAGUGAGGCAGACUACCGGCUGAUGAGAGACAACAACCUGCUGGGUACCCCAGGUGAGAUCACAGCAGAGGAGUUGUUGAGUCGGCUGCAGCAGAUUAAGGAUGGACCAGAGCAGCAGCAGCCUAGCAUCAACACCAGUGAGACUGGAGAAGCUACAGGAGAACUGGCAGAAGGUCCAGAGGACCCGUCUAACGGCGACACCCUCUUGGAUUGGCUGAACACCGUCAGGCGGACAGGCAACACCACCCGCAGUGGUCACCGAGGCAACCAGUCAUGGCGGGCAGUGAGCCGGACCAACCCAAACAGCGGAGACUUCCGGUUCAGUCUGGAGAUCAAUGUUAACCGUAACCUGGCCGAGCAGCAGGCCCGUGCGGAGGGGGAGGCCGAGGCGCAGGAGGAGGCCCCAACUAGAGCACCUGGCAAUGGGGUGGAGGUCCAGCCUGAGGCGGAGGUGCCCAUGGAGACAGGAGAGGUGCUGGAGGAACCAGUUGUGGAGGAGAUGGCUGUCAUAGUGGAACCAGAAGCGGAGAUGGAGCCAGAGGCUGAAGUAGAAGCUGAGCCAGUGGCUGACGUAGAAGCUGAGCCAGUGGCUGACGUAGAAGCAGAGGCUGAAGUAGAAGCAGAGGCUGAAGUAGAAGCUGAGCCAGAGGCUGAAGUAGAAGCAGAGCCAGAGGCUGACGUAGAAGCAGAGGCUGAAGUAGAAGCUGAGCCAGAGGCUGAAGUAGAAGCAGAGCCAGAAGUAGAAGCUGAGCCAGAGGCUGAAGUAGAAGCUGAUCCAGAGGCAGAACUAGAAGCUGAGCUAGAGGCUGAAGUAGAAGCUGAGCCAGAGGCUGAAGUAGAAGCUGAGCCAGAGGCUGAAGUAGAAGCUGAAGCUGAGCAGGCAGAAGCUGAGCCAGAGGCUGAAGUAGAAGCUGAGCCAGAGGCUGAAGUAGAAGCUGAGCCAGAGGCUGAAGUAGAAGCUGAGCCAGAAGUAGAGGCUGAGCCAGAGGCUGAAGUAGAAGCUGAUCCAGAGGCAGAACUAGAAGCAGAGAUGGUCCCAGAGUUAGUAGUAGAGGUAGUCCCACAGCCGCCCAGCCCUGUCACCACCACCCCUCCUGUCUCCAGACCAGUCAGUCCUCUGGUGCAGGCCCCUCCAGCCGCCCCUGCCCCUCCUAGCCCGCCCCCUGAGGAGCCUCCGCGACGGGGCCAGAGACGAGCCCGCAGCCGUAGCCCUGAGCAGCGCCGGACCAGGGCUCGCACCACACGAAGUCGUUCCCCCCUCACCCUGGACCGACUCCCCCGCCACGUCCCCACCUCACACAGCCCCCCCACCCUGUCCCCCCAGGCCCCCGCAGAGGGAAGCUCACGGACUCGACAGCAUGUUCUGUCCCGGCAAAGCACCGCAGAGUACGAGGCCCAGUCAGCCGGAACAGGGUUUGACACAGGGUCUGGGAACGCCCCAGAGCCCGGUACCACCCCACCCCAGGAGGGAGAGGCCGCGGGCGGGGAGGGAGCAGCAGGACGACGUCCUCCCACCAUCAUGCUGGACCUGCAGGUGCGUCGUGUUCGUCCAGGUGAGUACCGCCAGAGGGACAGCAUUGCUAACAGAACCCGCUCACGCUCCCAGAACUCCAACAACACCUUCCUGUACGAGAGUGAGAGGGGGGGGUUCCGCAGGACCUUCUCCCGGUCCGAACGUGCUGGUGUGAGGACGUACGUCAGCACCAUCAGGAUCCCCAUCAGGAGGAUCAGUGAUGCGGGGUUGGGAGAGGCCACCUCCAUGGCUCUGCAGACCAUGAUACGACAGAUCAUGACCGGCUUCGGAGAGCUCAGCUACUUCAUGGACUCGGACUCUGACUCCUCGGACUCAAACCGUGGCGGUGGUAACCCCACUGGCGCUGCCGACCUGGCCGAGGCGCUCAACACUCCCGACGGGGGAGUAGCCGGCAUGGCGGAGGGGGCGGAGCCUCCUGUCUCAGUGGGUGGGCCUAGUGUGGGAGGAGCCGGGGAGGCAAGGACAGAGGAGAGGGAGGGGGAGGACGGGAUGGGUCUAGGUCUGUCCCCGGGAAUAGGUUUAGGGGUGGGGGCCACCCCCAGGGAGGGGCGAGCUCGGCCCCGUGCCCCCAUCAGUCUGGAGGAACCGGGGUCGCUACCCUUCCUCCGCCUUGCUCACUUCUUCCUCCUGAAUGAUGAGGAUGAGGAACAGCCCAGAGGACUCACCAAGGAGCAGAUCGACAACCUCUCCACCAGGAACUUUGGGGAGAGUGAUGCUCUGAAGACCUGCAGUGUGUGUAUCACAGAGUAUGCUGAGGGGAACAAGUUGAGGAAGUUGCCCUGUUCUCAUGAGUACCAUGUUCACUGUAUCGACCGCUGGCUGUCUGAGAACUCCACCUGUCCUAUCUGCCGCAGGGCCGUGUUGGUGUCUGCUAACCGGGAGAGUGUGGUCUAACCUGGAGAGCUGGAGGUCAGGGGUCAGCGGUGCUCCAGGCAGACAGUAUAUAACACCGUGUCAGUUCUGUAGGCCUUUCUCCUAGUCAGACCACUUACGUUGUUCAUGUUUUCAUUCUUAAGCCAUCACUGACUUUUAUCCAACUGACAUGCUGGUGUUUGGACAGAGAGACUGACAGGAAGGAAGGAAGGUGAUGUCCUCAUAGACUCUGUAGGAAGAGACGUGAGAAAGGGAUGUAACUGUCCCCUGUUGGCUAACAGACCCCCACUCUCCCCUACCUGUCUUACCCCAAAAGGGACUCCACUGUCCCCACCUGACCCUGCUCUCCACCUAAAAGACUUGACCCCACUCUCCCCUACCUGUCUUACCCCAAAAGGGACUCCACUGUCCCCACCUGACCCUGCUCUCCACCUAAAAGACUGCAUUUAUCAAUACUCUGGAACGGCUCACAGACUGUCCGUGUGUCAAAGCUUUGCUGAAUUAGUUUUUAAGUUAAAACUGUAGAAUGUUGUACAGGCGUUAAUGGGGAGAACAAGAUGUGGCGGACUUUCAGUUUAUUUGGACUCGUGUUGCAUCAUAUUCAUGACAUCGGACCAAUAGUACUGAUUAUUGAUUAUGAAUUGUGUUGAGAUGGGUUGUAGGUAUCUGUUAACUGAUGCUAGUAUGUAGUCUAACUCUAGCCCAUCACAUGAAGCAUUUUCUAUUUCUGCCCUCUGACAGUGUUUCAUCAUGACCUGGCCUGUGUACACAAAGCAUAUCACAGUAUCAGUGGGGGUCUAGGAUCAGUCCGUCAGUGGGGGUCUAGGAUCAGUGGGGGUCUAGGAUCAGUCCGUCAGUGGGGGUCUAGGAUCAGUCCGUCAGUGGGGGUCUAGGAUCAGUCCGUCAGU